CUGUUCGUCUACCCUGACGGUUGCAAACUGCAGUUCCACCUUUGGAAACAAUUUGAAAUGUUGUUGUGCCGUCUCUAUUUCACGGUAUCGACUAUCUUGACUGCGGCAUAAAAUUUAUAUCGUAAUUUUAGAAGCCGAAGAGGGCCCUUCCUCUUCCAGAGAAACCCAUAAUUGAGCGUGAAAAGUCGGCUGAGACAUGUCGAGUGAAGAAAGCUACUUGGCCAUCAUACGCUAUCUGACUGAUGAACGGGAGCCAUAUGCGCCGGGGACGCCCGGUAACACCAAGAGGAAGAUACGCAAAGCGGCCGCCUGCUAUGUGGUGAGAAACGGGACUUUGUUUUACCAGCGUCGACUGAAGGGAAUGGGGGACUUCACGGAGCUGGAGGUGGUGCUGCAGGACGGCCGGAGGAAGGAACUUAUCAACGACGCGCACAUUAUCACAGAAGGAGGGGAGCACCUGAACCAGCAGCUCACCUGGGAAACCAUCUCUCAGAAGUACUGGUGGAGAGGUAUCCUGAAACACGUCAAAGACCACAUCAGAGAGUGCGCUCACUGUCUGAGCAGGCGCAGCGCUGAUGACAGCUCAGGACCUCGACUGUUCACCCGCCCGGGGAGACGCAGAGCGGCGGCCAACAUGAAUGAUGAGGAGGAAGAAGAAGAGGAGGAAGAAGAGGGAGACGAUAGUUUAGUCUUCACCGACUCAUCUUCUCAUCUGAGAUCCAAGUUGGCCAAGACGGCAGCCAAGCACGAACUGGUCUUUGUGGACAGUAAGGGUGAGGUGAACCAGUUCCUGCCUAAACACAGCCAAACAAUGUUGGACAAACUCAACCUGCAGCGCCUCAGCAACCAGUUCUGUGACAUCACACUGCUGAUCGAAGGAGAGGAGUACCGCGCACACAAAUCUGUCCUGGCCGCCUGCAGCGAAUACUUCAACGAGCUCUUCUUCGAGAAGGGGGCUGCCUCCACUCACGAAGCUGUGGUUGACCUCUCUGGAUUCACCAAAGCAAGCUUCCUCCCGCUGUUGGAUUUUGCUUACACGUCCAUGCUUACGUUUAAUUUCUGCAUAAUGGCAGAUAUCGCCAACCUCGCCCGGCAUUUGCUCAUGACGGAGGUGCUGCAGAUUUGUGAGUCUGUGCACAAGCAGGUGGAGGAGCAGAAGCUGACGGUGUAUCAAAAAGGAGACGUGCACACUGUGGUGUCGAGUCAACCGGCCGCUCAGGACGACAUAAAGGACGAUUCUGGCACAUACAUGGUCACCAUAGAAAGCGACGGCGGGGCGGUGGUCACCCAGAGUGCUGUUGCUGUAGCAGGCGAGUCCUUAGCUUUUGUCACACCGUCUGAAGAGGCCUACAUCCAGGAGCCGAUGGCAGUUGAAGGCGUAGAGGGAGACAAAGCGCAUCAUGGGGAGGCUGGACAAACUGAAACCGUGACUCUGAUCGCUCACAGCGGGCAAGCUGAGCCAGGAGAGACCGUCACUCUCAUCUCACGCAGUGCAGAGGGAAUGGAGGAGGAGACGAUGACCGUGGUCACCCACAGCGGGCAGGCCGGAGCCAGCGAGUCGCUGGCCGUGGUGUCAGCCUGCCUGGCGAUGGAGCAGCCGCAGGGCGCAGAAGAGGGAGCUUUUGUUGUAAAUGUGGACCCAGACAAUGUGAGCCCUCCAGAAGUCGUCGAAUCUGCAGCCGCCUCUGAAGCAGUGACGGCGCCUCAGGAGAAGGUUGAAUCAGCACCUGCAACUCAGAAGCGUAAACGAGGACGUCCUGCCAAAGUGAAGAAGGACGUGGAGGUUGAGGAGUUCGUGCUGCUGGAGGAGGAGGAUCCCUCUGCUGACGAAAGCCACGGAGACAAGCAGGAGAUGUCAGACGACCCCAACAGACGACGGCUCCGGCAGCGCUCCAUCGCUGAGGGAGGUUACGCUCGUUUGCACAUGGGGCUGGAGGGGGAGGAGGAGGCGAAGAAAGGGUCAACCCCACCACGUGCCACACCCCCAAAGGUGGCUUUGAGGCCCGGGAAGAGGGGAAGACCGCCAAAGCAGCCAAUGGAGACUCAGGGUGAAGGACAUGCGGUGUCUGAGUCGGGGGCGGAUCCAGAGACCAGCACAGUGGAGAUCGUGACGACGACAGGAGAGCCCAGCACGGACGAGGCUGGGAUGAAGGCGGAGGAGCCAGAGAUCGGAGCCAAGCAGGAGCAACCGCCAGCAGAGAGCGCCGUCGACGGAGAGCACACAUGCUCAGAGUGCGGCCAGUCCUUCCAGAGACGCUACGCUCUAAUAAUGCACACACUAAAACACGAGAAGGCUCGGGGAUAUAAGUGCAGCCUGUGCAGUAAGGAGUUCCAGUACGCCGCCUCGCUCCGGGCCCACCUGGCCCGACACAAGCAGCAGAGCAGCCAGCGAGCACCCAUCCCCAAACCCUUGGUAGAGCUGAGCUCCGAGGGCAAAGCAGGCAGCGAUCUGGACGAGAAGACUUCAACGCCAAACACCAAAAGAGAAUUUGUGUGCGACAUCUGCGGGAAGACGCUGCCGAAGCUCUACUCCCUGCGGAUCCACAUGCUGAACCACACAGGCGUGCGGCCUCACUCCUGCAAGGUCUGCGGCAAGACGUUCGCCCACAAACACAGCCUGAAGAUGCACCGAGCGCUGCACGACGUCACCAAGCAGUUCCAGUGUGAAUACUGUAAGAAGUCUUUUGUGAGCAAGCGGAGCAUGGAGGAGCACACCAGCCUGCACACAGGUGAAUCCAAGUACCUGUGCAACACGUGUGGAACAACUUUCCACCGAGCCUCAGCUCUGAGCAAACACCUGAAGAAGCACCAGCCCAAACCUGACGUCCGUCCUUUUGCUUGUGCUCACUGUGAUAAGAGGUUCUAUGUAGCUAAAGAUCUCCAGCAGCACAUGAACAAGCACAUGGGCCUGAAGCCGUUCCAGUGCCAGGUGUGUGGGAAAUGCUACAGCUGGAAGAAGGACUGGUACUCGCACGUCAAGUCCCACAGCGUGGCCGAGCCCUUUAAGUGUAACGUGUGUGGGAAGGAGUUCUUUGAGAAGGCUCUGUUCAGGAGGCACGUGAAGAAAGCCACUCAUGGGAAGAAAGGCCGAGUGAAGCAGAACCUGGAGAGAGAGUGUGAGCAGUGUGGGAGAAAGUUCACGCAGCUCCGAGAGUACAGACGCCACAUCAACAACCACCAGGGCGUAAAGCCAUUUGAGUGCCUGACUUGUGGCGUUGCCUGGGCCGACGCCCGCUCUCUGAAGCGUCACGUCCGCACACACACAGGAGAGCGACCGUACGUGUGCCCCAUGUGCCAGGAGGCCCACAUCGACGCACGCACUCUACGCAAACACAUGGCCAAGUACCACGGGGACAACCUGCCUGGGAAGAUCAUGCUGGAGAAGGACACCCUCCAGUUCCACAACCAGGGCACCCAGGUGGAGCACGCCGUCAGCAUCCUGGCGUCCGAGCUGCCUCCCGAGCUACGACCGGCCCAGCAGCCGCCCGCCGAGGAGAUCGAGACGGUGCUGAUCACAGAGGAGACGGUGGAGGCUGUGGAGGCCGUGCAGGCCGUUCAGGCUGUGAGCGACGGCUCGGUGGCGACGUUGUCUGAUCAGGGCAUCAUGCAGGUGGUGAACUACGUCCUGGCGCAGCAGGCGCUCACAGACACCAAGCUGGAUGAAGCACCAGAAGUGAUUCAGACCAUGGAGGUGGAGGUCGCUCAUGUGGCCGAGGUGGAAUAACCAGGAUUCACACAGACUGACCACAUAGUUUCUCACAGUCGUGUAACAGAAUGUAAAAAGAUGACUAUUUUUAUGUGAAUGUAAAUACCAUAAGUGAACCAUGAGUCAAAACUGUGCACACACAUUCACAUGUAUGUUCUCUGUAAAUAUCUAGAUACACAGUAACAGGAUGAAUUAAUGAGUUACAAAUCUACAUUUGCCACUCAGGAGAAAUAAAGGUAGAAAUGAAGUUGCAA